CCGCGCACAAGAACGCGACCUUGAGGCAUAGGCACUUGUAGGCACGCAUAUAUUCAUCCUCACUUUCUUGCUCGAGCCUCAGUGUGCAGCCUGAGGUGACAUGUACACUGUGCACUCCCGCAAAGCCCUUUCCAGACUCCAGCCCAUCCUCGCGAGACGCCAUGCCUCUCUACCACGCCGUACCACUAUCCCAACACGGUCCCUCGUGACUACGGCAGAGUCUACACGAGAUGGAGAGUCGACUCAGAGCAUCAUAGAGACAUCCGAUCGAGAAGCAUGGCUCUUCGUCGACUCUGUCUUUCCAAUUCGCCUUGGUGCCUUCGACCUUCGUCACUACAUUGGGCUUAUCCGCGAAGAAUCCCUACUCUCAAUGCUAGAGACACGCCUGUCGCAAGUCAAAGCCCAUGGCUUCCGCGUACAGUCUCUCGAACCAUAUCAUAAAGAUGGUGGUGUCUUCGUACGCUUUACGUACACCAGCGCAGAUUCGGAGCUAGCACUCCAGACCAUCAAGAGUGAUAUCACACAGCAUAUCACACAGCACGAGGGGUUACCCACCUGGACAGGCUUUGGCAAGGGCAAUGUCUGGCUUGUCAGAGGGAGGCCAUGGACGGAGGACAUGAACCGUUUCCCAUCCAACGUUCUCAAGGUCGACUUUGAGGGACCGGAUGUUCAGCAAGAAGACCUCUAUGAUAUCUUUCGGCCCUACGGUCGCAUAACCGAUAUCGUUCCCCCUACGCCUGUUCCAGCUGGAGCAUUCCGCUCUGCAUCUAUAACCUUCCGCCGCGUGCGGUCUGCAGUCGCCGCACGCAAUGUCAUGCACGGUCACCAGUACUCUGAUGGAAAGUCGAUGACGCGGCUUCAUACCCUCUAUAUUCCACCUCUGCAUGCUCACGCAGUUCGCGACUGGUUGACAAGUCACCCACGCAUAGUCUUGCCGGUCAUACUGUUCUUCCUAGGCACACUGACUUACACGAUAUUUGACCCUGUUAGAACAUUGCUUGUUGAAGCAAAAAUUCUCAAUUGGUUCAAUUACAAAGAAUAUGCUCUGUACAAAUGGCUACGCAGCAAUACCGUUGGUCGCUUCUCCUUCAUAACCAAGGCUCAUGAAAGCGCCCCGGAAUACACAAAUGUUUGGAAGGAACGUAAAGAAGCCGAGGGUUUACUGAAAAGUUAUUUAAGUGACCUACCGACGACGGUGGCAUUUGUGCACGGACCACAAGGAAGUGGAAAGACGAGCAUGCUUACCAACGUAAUUGGCGACGUUGAUCGAAAAACUUUGAUCAUCGACUGCGAGCCGCUGAACAAAGCCACAUCUGAUGCACAGCUCCUUUCGCGCCUUGCCGAACAAACUGGCUACUGGCCUGUGUUCGCGUCACUUAACUCCGUGAACAACAUGAUUGACAUGGCAUCUGUUGGUCUCAUUGGCCAGAAAGCUGGAUUUUCCACAUCGCUGCAGGAUCAGCUGAAGGAACUACUUGAAGUCGUUGGCACUGCGCUCAAAAAGACCAACGCCAGCCUUCGCCAAGAAGCUUUGCACCAAGUUCAUGCAGAACAUGAGCUGAGACGGCGGGAAGCUGAAGCCGAGAGCUGGCGAGAACGUAUCCGCAACGGCUCCUGGCACGACGGCCGUCUCGACUGCGUCGCAGGCAACGGCGUCAUGUCUGAGUUAGGUAUUGGAGACGAGCCUUUCCUGGAGACGGACAUCGAGAAGAUAAAUACUUUCGUCGAUGAGCGGAAGUUGACCUUUGCAAGCAUGAUCGAGAAGCAGCGGGACGAAGACUUGGCAAAGAAGCAAAAGCGGGUUCAGGAGACGCAGGCCGUCCAAGCUCUCCCUGUCGUUGUGAUCAAGAAUUUUGCUACCAAUGCAGGCGCGAAGCGAGAGGAGCUUCAGACUGUAUUGGCGCAAUGGGCUGCAAAUCUUGUCGAGAACCAGGUUGCGCAUGUGAUUGUCGUCAGUGACAACAGAGAGAACUCGAAGCAGCUGGCUCGAGCGUUGCCCUCGAAACCUUUGAACACGAUCGCUCUUUACGACGCUGAUGCACCGAGUGCACUUGCCUUUGUGAAGCAGAGACUCUAUGACGCAGGAGUCGGGGCAAAGUUAAGUGGGAGAGAAACCGCGUUUAUUGAGCGUCUUGGUGGACGUGCGAGUGACUUGGAAAGCAUGAUCCACAAGGUAAAAAGCGGAAUGAGUGUGGAGGAGGCUGUAGAGGACAUCAUUGCACGGGCGGUGGGGGAGCUCCGCAAGAAUGCUUUUGGUGACGACAUUGAAUACGCCAAGUCUUUGCCUUGGUCGAGAGAACAAGCUUGGACUGUCCUGAAGCAGCUCGUCAAGAAGAACGAGAUACCCUACUACAACGUUCUUCUUGAGUUCCCCUUCAAGGGCGAUGAGGCAUCUCUGCGUGCCAUGGAGCACUCCGAGUUAAUCUCGAUCGGCACGUCUAAUGGUCGUCCAUCUACCAUCCGCCCAGGAAGGCCCGUCUUCAGAUGUGUCUUUGAGCGACUCGUCAACGACGCAAUCUUCCAAGCGACCCAAGAUAUCGCUUUCAACGACAAGUUAAUCAGUUCGCAAGAGUCAACGAUUCGGUCGUGUGAAUCAGAGCUUGCAACGUUGAAGGAGAUCUCAAGCACAGAGCGCGCCUCGUUCUGGGGCAGACGCAAGGCCUCUUCCGAGCGCCGUGAUUACCUCUUCAAGAAGAUUGCUGCUGCACAGACAAAGAUCCAGGAACUGGACAAGCGGACUGCAGAGCUCAAGAAGGUACUAGCGAAGGGUGAUACUGCUAAACAUUCAUGACGAUACAACACUAGCUACGCGUGUAAUAUAUAACCAUAGAUAUCCGUAAGUGUAUUCAUCGCUCCGGUACCAGGUUUAUCACAAUGUAUCUUUGCAUACCAACU